AUGAAGGUGGCGCCCACGGCGGCGACGGCGAGCUGCUUACUGCUACCGGGUCCGGAUCGCGUCUGUCCUGCGGAAGUGGGCCCGGCGUCCAUGGCGGCGCGGGGGCCCUCUGAGGGUAAACUUCCUGGUGGUUUCCUCAGCGGCUCUGGGAGCGCGAGAACCCUUGAUGCCACUCGAACGAUCUGGGCCGGCCAAACGGUAGCGGUGGAAUGGGUGGCUCGCAGGGAGAAGCCAUGUGCCAGCUGGCAGCUGCAGCAGCGGCAGCUCCCUUGGUUGCGGCAGGUAUACCGGCCGAACGUGUACCCAUUCCACUCAAACGGCAACGUUUUGUCCGUUCUUGCCGGCAUGCUGGGCCCACCGCGUGCUCCUGUUACCUCGGAUGGUCGUCCUCCUUGGAAGGGCACGAAGUUGAGUGAAACCAGAGGACGGUACCGCGGAGGCCACAGCGUACGCCUGCGGGUGGGCCGCGUGGCCCAGUGCGGCGGGAUUCGUCCAGGGGCCGCCGUCCGGCGUUGUUUGCGGUCUCCGCUGUCCCUCAUCCAGGCUCCGGGGCAGAGACGGAGAGAGACACUCCGCGAGAAGGGCUGGUUUGUGAGGGCGCAGCAACUUGGACGGGUCGUGUCCGGUGUCCGAAAUGGAACUGAGCCUCCAGGUGCUCAGUGUCGGCCGCCCCGUUUCUAGCUGCUGGCUCGAGCGUGCGGGUGGCCACGAGGUCCCGCGACCGAUCCCCGCGAGACCAUUCUUCGUCUUCCUUCGUCUCCAGCCAUGAUGUCGCUUCGGACUUGGAUCUAGAGCAGCUUACGGAAGUGGGUUUUUGCCAUUAAUUGAGGCUUCAUCAUCAUCAUCAGUAGCAGC